CCUCCGCUGUGCGCGCGCGCCCCCCCUAGCCACCCCGCGCACCCAGGGCUGCCCGCAGCGUGCAGCGCCGCCCCUGUUAGCCCGGAAAUGAGAGUUGCCCGCGUGAAAAAUGGCCCAGAACCCGCUGAGCACGGCCUUCAGCUUAGGGGCUGCCUUAGCUGCCGCGACGCGCCGCCGGCUGGCCUUCGCCCGACUUUUACCUUUUGCCCCUUUACCCCGCGGUGACGGUACUGCGUUUCGGCGCGGGCUGCAUGCUGGGCGAGUAGGCGAUUCUGCCGAGUGGGAGCUCACACGCACAGCCGGGGGCUCCAUCGUGAACACGCACGGCCGGGUCAACCGAUCUUUCUUUCCGGGCGUCGCCGGCAUGGCGCGUCCACUUUCUUUCUGGGCGUCGCCGGCAUGGCGCGCCCACUUUCUUUAUCAUUGGCGGGUCGAGCCCGGAACACGGACGGUACCCAUACUCGGGCAUCGAGUGGUGCGCGUUCGGUGGUAUCCGGCCCGUUUCCUGAAGUUCUGCCGCCGGCAUGGCGGCGAGCCUCAUCUGCCUGCGACCGGACCGACCCUACGGAGCGGAGCCGGUCUCGACCUGGGAGGCGUUGGGGGCGGCGGCAUGCCGCCCCCCGUAGCCCUGGCCGCGCCGGCCGAGCUUUCGUAGGCCCUCCGAAUCGCUGGGGCAUCCAUUGAACCCAUUAGUUCCGUUCCGACGAGUUAUUGUCAAGGGCCGUCUGGGCGGGUCGGAGCUCUCGCUCCCCGCUCCAGGAUUGCUCGGCCUGGUGUGCGAGGGCAUCUCUCUCACCACUUGAUUUCCGGCUCGUCGUAAAGGAGGAGCCAGCGGCCAGUUCCACAUCCUGACGGGGGUCGUCCCAAAAGAAGGGGGGGCGUGCGAGUCCCUGUGACUCAGCCCUUGCGUCCUAGUCCAGCCGGACGGGUGGGCCCGGGGGGAGCGGGAGGGGUACGGGG